CGGGUCAAAAGGGGGCGUGACCGACUUUCACUCGCGCACGCCGCCAUGCGGUCACAUGUUAUGACUGCAGGCAUGGUGGCUGGAGAAGUUCAUCACAAACGUUGGAAGCUGUAUUUCUUCAUACGUUUUUACUGGCGCAACUUGAGUGAUAUCGCCAUCAUAAAGUAACGUUUCUAAGAACAUGCUGUAUACAGAGGUGGCCGCCAUUCUCCUUAAACUGGACAACAAGGAAGGAACGGUCAAGUCUCUGGUCUACAACAGCCGCCACAAGAACAAGAGACAGCUCUAUGCACUUCUGUGUGAGACCCUGAAGUAUGGCUCCAUCAUCGAUGACAUCAUCACUUCAACACAAUUGCUCAAGAGAGAAAAGUUUCUCAAGAAGCACAUGGCACAGGUUCUUGUAUACGAACAACUUUUCGGGAAAGGACUUCAGAUCGGAGGGAAGUACCGGGAGGCCAUGAAUAGGAACAAGACUGCCCUGCAUUCUGCCCUGGUCAGGUUAAAGGUCAGGUCAAAGGUCAGCAGGAAUGAAGACCUCCUACCUGAUACAGUCAAAUCUCAAGUUUCCCUGCCACGUUAUGUUCGAGUCAACACACUGAAGAUUUCUGUGGAAGAGGCUAUUGAGAAGUUGAAGAAAGCUGGCUUCUCACUGGCAGACAAACCAAGUGUGGAGAAUUUUGGCAACACAAUAAGGGACCUGGAGACAGGACAGUUUGUACAGGACCCCCACAUCCCAGCCCUGCUAGUGUUCCCCCCGGAGACUGGUUUCCAUGACAACCAACUGUACAAGUCAGGAGAGAUCAUCCUUCAAGACAAGGCCAGCUGUAUCCCUGCCCAGGUGCUGGCCCCACCCCCUGGAGCAUGUGUGAUUGACGCCUGUGCUGCCCCCGGCAACAAGACAAGUCACAUGGCCAGCCUCAUGCAAAAUAACGGGAAGAUAUUUGCCUUUGACAUUGAUGCCAAGAGGCUGGCGACCAUGAGGUCGUUGACCCAGCGUGCGGGCGUGUCCUGCGCCCAGCUGGUGCACGGGAGUUUCCUGGAGUGUGAUCCGGGUGAUCCCAGGUACUCCGGAGUGGAGUACAUCCUGCUGGAUCCCUCCUGCAGCGGAUCUGGGAUCGCAAACAGGCUGGAUCACCUGACCGACGAGGAAGGGUCCAUUUCUACGGAGAGACUGGAGUCCCUGGCACAGUUCCAGCUGUCUGCCCUGAGACACGCGCUGUCGUUCCCCGCGGCGAGGAGGGUGGCGUACUCCACGUGUUCCGUACACCGCCAGGAGAACGAGGAUGUGGUACAGGCGGCGCUACAGGAAUAUGAGGGAAAGUACCAUCUUCAGCACAUCUUACCAACAUGGAGACAUCGAGGGACGGACACCUUCCCUCAGGCCCACAGGUGUAUCAGGGCCUCACCUGAGCAGGACAGGACUAACGGCUUCUUUGUCGCCUUGUUUGAAAAGAACAGCGAAAGGGUCGACGUAAAAGUAGAACAGACCACGUCACAAAACACAGAACAUGGAGAAAAUGCUUUUGUUAAAAAGAAGAGGAGGAGAAAGAGAAAGAAAAAUGUUUCAGUUGAGAAAAGGACGGAACAAAGCAAAACAACGAAGACUCCUGAAACUAAUGGCAAAGAGGAACUUGAAGGCAAGGAACUCGUAGGCAAGCAACUCGUAGGCAAGCAACUCGUAGGCAAGGAAUGUGUGUCGCAGAAAGUUCAGACAGAAAAUACAUCAAGGCCAAAAAAGAGAAGAAAAAAGAUGAAGCAAGAGACAUAAAUGCUUGAGAAAUAAGCAACCAGCCAAGUGAUAACAUAGAUAAUGUUAACUUUACAAACAAUGAUGCUUUCUAAAGAAAGAGGACAUUUGUUUCAAGGUAUUUGUUGUUACACUUAAGAUUAAAACAAAAAGACAAACUGACUCAGAUAUAUGAGACUUCCAUGGAAAGUCACUUUAUUGCAUGACUUGCUAUCAUAGUUCCUCUCCUGGCAUGUAUUGCCGACAGUAAUUCCAUGCUAUACACAGUAUCAUUCAAGAUACAUAAAACCAAAUGUUCACUACUUAAAAAUCUCUCUUGCAUCGAUUGUCUUACAUAGGCAAAUGUACAUUGCAUACAGUCCCAUUAAAAUGGCACAUUAUGAAAUUUUGCUACGAUUGUA